AUGACUUCAUACGUGACGAUGGAGCCUUCGGCGCGGGCUCAGCUCAAGUCCGCUUGUGCUCUCAUUUCGCAGUGGCCCGAGGCUCUCAAGCUACCCGUGCUCAAAACAAGCCGCGUCAAGUGGGCGCGUAUCGAGGCCAUGGGCAGCAUCACCAAAGCAUUCAUUUCGCUGGGCCAAAUGGGCAUGUUCGUGCUUGAUGUCACCGUGCCGGAGCAGCCUGCUGUACUUGCGGAGCUGUUUGAUGGGCACGGCGGCAUGGCCUUGAAGCACUUUUGCAUGGCCAAGCGCAUCGUAUUUACGGCGUGCGGGAAAGCCGGUCUGCGCAUCUUCACGAAUAUCGACACCAACAUUGACGAGAUUGGCGCGCUGGUGCACGCACGGUAUGCGGCCAAGUGCGUUGCUGUUCAAGGCGAUAUUGCCCUCGUGACCUUUGGCCGCGCUGGCGUCCGCACGCUUGACGUGGCCAACCCGUCGAGCCCCGUCGAGCUCGGUGGCUUCAAGGUCGACGACCACGAGGCCCGCUUCGUGCUCCUUUCUGAUGGCUGGGGCUUUGUGAGCUUUGGUCACGCCGGCGUUCGGGUUCUCGACGUGACAAACGCGGCUGAGCCUGCCGAGAUCGCGGCCUUCACGCACGGUGCAUUUGACGCGCGGCACAUGGCGCUCGCUGGCUCUUUACUCUUCGUCGCCUUCAGCUACGGUGGCCUCCAAGUUUUCAACGUCGCCAACCCGUGCGCACCAGAGCUUCUGUGUUCGCACCCGUUUCCCGGCUACGCGGCCGAGCACGUUGUCGUUCGUGACUCGUUCGUGUACGUUGCUAUUGGCAGCGGAGGGCUCCGCAUCCUUCGUGUCCACAAUCGUCGCACGAACGAAGUCGAUCUGCGUCUUGUCGGCUCGUACGUCGCAGCCGAUGUAGACGUCACGAGCCUCGACGUUACACUAGACUGCGUUGCUUUCCUGUGCACGCGCAAAGCAGGACUCGUCAUCUUGGACGUUCGCGACCCAGGUGCCAUCACGCGCAUCGGCCAGUUCUCGCCGCCGCAGUUUCGCCGCCAUGCCCUUUGCGCUCAUCCAUGCCCCGUGCAAUAG